UUAAAAAUCGAGACGAAAAUACUAUGGUAACAUGGAUUCAAAACUCUACAUUGUUUGUUGGUAUCGACGCAAGCCAAUCUUCCUUUCAAUUUUACCAGAGCGGUAUUUAUACGGACAACUCCUGCUCACAAACGGUGAUUGAUCAUACGAUGCAACUUGUUGGUUAUGGAAAGACGUCCUCGGGAGAUCUCUUUUGGAUAUGCAAGAAUAGUUGGGGUAAGUAG